GUUCGAUAGACAAUGGGACAUCAAAUUCCUCGUCACUUAGUAAAACCAAAACCAAUCUAGGUCGCUAUUAGUGAUGACAUAGUUUGCUCAAUCCUAUCGCAUACUGUUCUAGAGCUAGCUUUGACCCUCGCCACUAUAAAAUUUUUGUCCCUUCUCUCCAUUUUUCGUUCGGAAAAAAAAUAUCUUGGAAGUUGAGUUUUGCCACUGAGAUUUGAGCAUGGGUAAUGCUUCUUCAAUGUUGACUCAGUAUGAUAUUGAGGAUGUCCAAGACCAUUGCAACCAUCUAUUUACACAGCAGGAAAUAGUGUCACUAUAUCAGAGGUUCUGCCAACUUGAUCGGAAUUCAAAGGGCUUUAUAUCAGCUGAUGAGUUUAUGUCUGUGCCUGAAUUCGCGAUGAAUCCACUCUCUCAGAGAUUGCUUAAGAUGGUGGAUGGCUUGAAUUUCAAGGACUUCGUGGCAUUUUUAUCAACUUUCAGUGCUAAAGCGAGCAUGGCACAGAAAAUUGAACUUAUCUUCAAGGUAUAUGAUUCUGAUUGCAAUGGGAAGGUGACCUUUGAUGACAUAAUGGAAGUGCUUCGGGAUUUAACUGGAUCAUUCAUUUCAGACAAGCAAAGAGAGGAAGUGUUGAGCCAGGUCUUGCAUGAGGCUGGUUAUACAAGGGAUUCACUGUUGCUGUUGAACGACUUCAUUAAGAUCCUGGACCACCCUGGUUUGAAGAUGGAAGUAGAAGUACCAAUUGACUAGUUACAACUGCGAUUUCAGUUACUACAAUUCUGUUGUCUCUGCGUACAAGGCAGCCGUGUUAUUCUAUUUUGUUGAAUUCGCGCACCUGCAUUCUCCUGCUGUUUUUUGUUAAAUCCCUUUCUUUUUCCUUCUUUUGCCCCCCUUUUCUGUCUGUUUGUGGGGCAGGGACAGAAACAGAGAAACCACUGUGUAAUUAAGAUAAACAGCUUUCAGCUUAUUCAGAAGAUCUUGAAUAUGCUAUAAUUUUCAUCUCU